AUGUUGUCCAAAGUAAUGCUGGCCUUCAUCUUGAUCCUUCUCAUCCUCCUGACUGUCGCUGGUAAUGUACUUGUGUGCCUGGCUGUCUGUGCCUCUCGACGUCUCCGCUGCCUCACUAACUGUUUCAUUGUGUCGCUGGCUGUGACAGACCUGCUGCUCGGCCUCUUAGUCCUCCCUUUCUCUGCUCUCCUACAGCUAAAUGAAGAGUGGCCACUUGGCGCAGUCUUCUGCAACUUCUAUAUCUCCAUGGAUGUUAUGUUGUGCACUGCCUCCAUCCUCACCCUCCUGGCAAUCAGUGUCGAUCGCUACCUGGCAGUGACCAUGCCUCUGAGAUAUGCAUCACUGGUCUUACCGUGGAGAGUUGCUGUAGCCAUGGCGAGUGUCUGGACUGUGUCUCUGGCCGUGUCUUUCUUGCCCAUCCAAAUGGGAUGGAACACCGUUAAUGGGACAGUGCAGAACCACGGGCCUUGGGCUUCGGAGGGGAAAUGUCGUUUUGAACUGAACAGACCGUAUGCGCUUACUGACUCUCUCCUCACCUUCUACCUGCCUCUGGUGGCUAUGUGCUGGACCUACCUCAGAAUACUUCGCAUUGCACGUGCACAGGCCAAGCGCAUUGUCAGUGCACGCCCCACUUGCAUCACCAGCUACAACUGCAGGAGCAAUUCUUCCACUACCACCACUGUGAUUUCCAGCAUUACAGUUGUGGCACUGCGGGAGCACAAAGCCACAGUGACACUGGCAGCAGUGAUUGGGGCUUUUGUGGUGUGCUGGUUACCUUAUUUCAUCCUAUUCACAGUGCUGGGCCUACAGGAGCAUCCAGACCCUGGCACAGUGCCAGAAUAUUCCAUUGUGCUGUGGCUAGGCUAUGCCAACUCAGCCCUAAAUCCAAUCCUCUACGGAGCCCUCAACAGGGACUUCAGGUCAGCCUAUACCCAUCUACUGAGAUGCCGAUGCCCUAUGUACAGCAGGUGGAGGAGCCAGCAGAUAUCCCCUUCUGUAUCAGCAGCCAGAGACCAGCUUACAGAGGUAACGCUGCUGUGCGGCCACACCCCUGCCACCUGCAGAGCAGGUCUAACACAUCAAAAUGUCAUGCUUCAAGAAAUGAACAGCAGGACAGCCACAACAUCUAUCCAAUUUGCAAAUGGCACUACUACCACAGAUGUCAGUGGUGAUGGAAGGUAA